UGUUUUCCAAGAAAAGCUCGCGAUUUUCAAUUCUGGUGGACUUCCAGGAAACGCUUGUCACAAACCGGUUUCGGGUUAGCAUUGAAACGUAUACUCAACUGUAACUGGUUUAUCAAAAUUCCACGAUCGAUUCAGUCACGUGCUUACAAAUCCACAACACGGAACUUCGUUAAGAGUGAAAUCCGGGUCGAAGACAGCUAGCUAGCUAGCUCAUAUAAAUAGGCCAAUAGUAGAUGGUCAUACUAAUAGCAGUAGAAACAGUGACACUGACUCUGACAGUAAAAUGGCUUUGAAUGAAGAUGUAUUACGGUUACCUGGAGAUCCUUUACCAGAAGGAUGUGUAUUAAGACUGUACAGUAUGAGAAUGUGUCCAUAUGCACAGAGAGCUCGACUAGUAUUAGCAGCUAAAGAUAUAAAGUAUGAUCGUGUUAAUAUAGAUCUUAAUAAUAAACCUAAUUGGUUCUUUGAUGUUAAUCCUAAUGGAGAGGUACCUGUUAUAAUACACAAUGGCAGUCAUAUCUAUCAGUCACUAGUCUGCGCAGAAUAUGUAGAAGAAGCCUUUCCCACACCAAAGUUAUACAAUACAGAUCCAGUUGACAGAGCUUGGGAAAAAAUUUAUUAUGGACACUGGAAUUCUAAGGGAAUCCCGGCCUUCUAUAGUUUAAUGAAAGCCGGCUGUCUGGAACCAGAGCAAACUAAAAGACUUACAGAACAUAUCACAGUUAUGGAAAAUUUCUUGCAGAAAAAGAAAACACCAUAUUUCAGUGGAAAUAAACUUGGAUUUGCAGACUAUAUGAUCUGGCCCUGGUUUGAGAGAAUGCCAAUGCUAGGGGAAAUAACAGGAUUUCAGAUGACAAAAGAAGUUUUUCCAAACCUUAUGGCGUGGAUAGACAAAAUGUGGCAAGACAAGGCUGCACAAGAAUGUAAAAUUGAUUCCAAGUUAUUUGUAGACCAUUAUUCUAAAUACAGAACUGGAAAACCUGAUUUCACCAUCGGUGCCCAGAAAGAUAACAUUGUCCAUGAAACUUUGGAAAACUUGGAUGGUUUAAGAGAUCCUUCAACAAGAUUUCGACAAGAAAAGAACUGAUCAUUUUGAAUUUAUGUUGUACAUGUAUAUCCAUUAAAGGAAAUAUUGUUAUAUUGUUUUCCUGUGCAAAACAUUAAUUACAUAUAUAUAAUGAUUUAAUUUAUAACAAACUAUCUAUUGCAAAUUACUUACUCAUGCAUGUCUGUCUACUUGAAUAUUUGCAGAGGGGUUCAUGGAUAUGUACAGUGAGGUGUCUAUCAUGAUCAUAGAAUCUGUGAUGUAUUUGUAUUGAAGUACAACAAACUUUUUAACAAAGGUUAAAAUAAGAAUGAGAUGGCCCCUUUUCAUUGAAGAAAUUAAGUUCUAUAAAAUUUGAAAUUGCUAGUGCUGCUAGGUAAAACCAGCGGUUGCCAGGCAAGUUACACUGACAAAUUGUAACUUCUAGCAGGUCCACAAGCUAAAAACGUGAAUUUGGAACAAUCAGGGGCCAUAAUGCAAGAAGUUAGGUUUUGAUAUGAGCGAUUAUCGAAAGGAUAAAAAUAUUUGUGAUAUAAACAUAGGGGGUCCACAACCUUGAUAUGCCGUACUUUUACUCUAUUUGCGUUCAAGGAGUGGCGAUUUAGUCUGGCAGUUCCGGUCCCAUUUUCACGAAAUUCGAACUGUAUGUUGUAACGGUGAUAUCUUCAGACGUUUUUUGUAAAUCGGAUAAAAUAUUGUGACCUCUAGAGUGUCCACAAGCUAAAAAUGUGAUUUUUUUGUGCAAUCAGGGUGAAUAAUCUAUGAAGUUACGAUAGGAACGGAGAUCUUUGGGUGGCACACCUAUAUUUCAAGUUUCAUUAAUAUCGGAUAAAAAUUGUGACCUGUAGAGUGUCCACAAAUAAAAUGUGAUGGGACGGACAGACAAGGGCGACAACAUUAUACGUCCAUGUGAUAAUCAUUUUAAAUGUAUCAACUCUGCACAAAUGGUUGUUUUUCAAUGGUUAAUAUUAUUAUAAUCAUUUUGUAGUUAAAUGCUUUCACUCAUCAUUAUGAAGAUGCCAGUAAUAAAAAAUUGUUAUGGUAUAUAUUGUUUUACAUGUACUUGCUUUAUACCGUUGUGGGGGUGUGGAGGGGUGGAUGGUCGAAUGGUUGGCAUGUGUACGCUGUAUCAUAAGGUCUGUCAUUGAGUCAACUGGCGUGGUUUCGAUUCCCCCAGUUGUACGUGACAAGGAGUAGUGCUGCCUGUCCAACCUUGUGGGUUUUCUCCGGGUCCUCUGGUUUCCUCCCACUGCUAAAGACCCCUACGCGCAAUCAAAUUAUUGAAAUAAAAUUGAAACAUGUGUUAGUCCCGAAAAGACCUAGUUUGGGUCGACUCCUUAAACAACUUACUGGCUCCCUGUUUCUUUUCGCAUCGAUUUCAAAAUUUUGUGUCUUAUAUAUCUGUCAAUCAGCUCUCCAUAUAUAAUGCAAAUAAAAAUUGAAAACAA